AUUACAAUUGGCCAAAUUGCUGAAUCGGUGGUGAGUUGUAAAAGGCAAAAAUUAGUGGCGACAAAAAACAGUUCGUGAGUGUGAUUAAGUUUUGUUCAAUAUUUACAACAGUUGGAUAUGCUAGAAGAGCACACCAUAAACAAGAAAUUUGGUAGAGCGCUAUGUAAAUGUGAAUAAUAAUUUUGGAAUUGAUUUGAAAAUCGGGUAGAUAAUUAGAAGAAAAUCAACAACAAAAUGGAAUUGCUAUACGAUGCGGAUGCAAUUUACGGGCAUGCAUCAAUAGAACAGCCGCAGAAACCAUGUUUCUACGUGCCACAACGAUAUGUAUUAACGUUUAUGGGAUUUAUGGGAUUGGCAAUGGCUUACAUGAUGCGUUUAUCAUUGUCUGUAGCAAUCACACAAAUGGUACCACCACCGAUUGUCCAGCUCACCAAUUUGACGACAUCAACGGGCGAAAUGGAAAUUAUUUGCCCAUACGCUGACGAAAAUUACUAUUCCGAACACUUCAAUAUGACAGCCAUAUUUGAUCGAUUAUACUCGGGUGAUAAUGAUGUCUAUGGUUGGUCACAAGAACAGCAGGGGAUCAUACUAUCGGCAUUCUUCUGGGGUUAUUUCAUUACACAGUUGCCUGGCGGCCUUCUAUCGCAACGAUACGGUGGCAAAUAUGUAUUUAUGCUGGGCAUUUUGUUUUCGGCCAUUUGUUCGCUGUUAACACCGUGUGUUGUGCGAUUUGCCGAAUCAACCGGUUUGAUAGUAUUGCGAGUGUUUAGUGGUCUUGGUGAAGGAAUAAUGUAUGCGGGAUUGACGGAUUUGUUAGCGGCAUGGAUUCCAUUGCAAGAGCGUACCACACUUGGUUCAUUGGCAUACGGUGGAUCGACGGUUGGUACAAUUGGCGGCACAUAUUUGGCAGCAUCAUUUAUCCAUCAUUUCAAAAGCUGGCAUCAGGUCUUUUACAUCUUUGGCGCGCUAACAAUCGUCUGGUGUUUCCUUUUCCUUCUGUUGUGCUACAAUGAUCCGGACUGCCAUCCAUUCAUAACGGACUAUGAAAAAACGUAUUUACUCGAUGAACUGGGUCAGCAACAGCGUAAAACCUCAUUGGAUGCAAGCAUCAAACGAAAGGCAACCAAACGUACACCAUGGCGACAAAUCCUCACGAAUGUGCCGUUUCUUGCAUUAAUCUUAUGUCAAGUAUCGCAUGAGUGGGCAUUUUGUGUAAUUGUACUGGAUUUACCCAAGUAUAUGAACGAUGUGCUGCACUUUUCCAUCCAGGACAAUGGCAUUUAUUCAUCGAUACCGCAGCUCAUAAAAUUGAUAAUGGCCUUGGUUGGCGGUGCAAUCAACGAUUGGCUUAUCGCUGCCGAUCACUGCACCAUUACCAAUGGACGAAAGAUAUUCGUCUCGAUCGCGUCAAUAUUCACGGGUGUCUUCAUUAUAGCCGCUUCGUAUGCACAAUGUGAUAAAAUGUUGGUGGUUGCCUAUUUCACUAUCUCCGUUGCAUUUCAAGGUGUGCCGGGCGUUGCAAUUAAUACAUUGGACUUGAGUCCAAAUUAUGCGGGCAUUUUAAUGGGUAUUGGCGGUACGGUUACAUCGAUAACGGGCAUUUUGGUGCCGUACAUGGUUGGUGUGGCUACGUCAAACUCAUUGCUGAGCGAAUGGCGAUUUGUGUUUUGGAUCACGUUUUGGUUGCAAGUGUUGAAAUUGUUCAUUUUCUCAAUAUAUGGAUCGGGCGAUGUGCAAUCAUGGGACUCAUACGAUGCCGAUUCAGAGGUUCGAUUCAUUUUACCCGGUGAUGAUGAAUCAGAUGAAUACUUAGAGGAGAAAUCCAACGACAGCACUAGCUUAAGUUCAAGUGACUCUGACCUCCUUGUUCGAUAAGCCUUUACUGUAAUUGAAAUUCAACGUUAUUCGUUUUUUUUUGUUGUUGUUGCUGUUCUUACCAUUUAAAUCAUGCAAUAAAAUUGCGUUUUUAUCACUCGUUGAAA